UGCCGAAGAACCGCUUGGAGUUCGAAGCCGCAAACGCAUUGGCGCAGACGUCGGUACGGUUCGCGCGACACGCUACCGCUAGUACAAAGUUGAAGCGUGCGUUUCUCAGUUUGUAUCGUGUGCGCGUGUGUUUAUCAGAUCUCUUGUAACAACUUCACGGACUAAAAACCUAAGUGUGCACAUUUUAGUGAAUACAGUGUGCUUAGGAAGUGUAUUUAACAGAGUGUUCUCACGGAUUCAGCACACAGGUGCUUUUGCGUUUUGGAUAAGCUUCGUACACACGUCGAAAAGGGGCGCAGUAUGUGCCCGGUGUUGGGCUUGGCGCCGCACCCCAAACAAGGAGUUACAUCUUCGACUACACGCCAAACUAUCCACCGUCCAGAGUCGACAAAUUCAGGGGUGGUACUGAUAUACAGAAGAGAAUGACUCAGAGGGAAGAUACACUGAGGUUUGAGCAGGGCCGUAUUAAGGCCCUGCAGGAGGAACGUCUGCAUAUACAGAAGAAGACAUUCACUAAAUGGAUCAACUCGUUUCUGUUGAAGGCACGUAUGGAAGUGGAGGAUUUAUUCACGGAUCUAGCGGACGGCAAGAAAUUACUAAAACUGCUAGAGAUCAUCUCCGGUGAACGAUUGGCUAAACCUAACAAUGGUCGUAUGCGGGUACACAAAAUCGAGAACGUGAACAAAUCUCUGGCGUUUCUUCAUACUAAGGUUCGUCUGGAGAGUAUAGGAGCAGAAGAUAUAGUGGAUGGAAAUCCAAGGUUGAUACUGGGUUUAAUCUGGACUAUUAUCUUGAGAUUCCAAAUUCAAGAAAUUGAGAUUGAUGUAGACGAAGAAAAUGACAGUAGUGAAAAGAAAUCGGCCAAAGAUGCUCUACUACUCUGGUGUCAGAGGAAGACUAAUGGAUAUCCUGGUGUUAAUAUUCAAGAUUUCACUGGUUCAUGGAGAAGCGGUCUUGGUUUCAAUGCCCUUAUCCAUGCUCAUAGACCAGACCUAGUUGAUUGGUCAGAAUUACAGCAAAAUAAAAAUAUCGACAAUCUUAAUUAUGCCUUCGAUGUGGCCAACUCGGAACUUGGAAUUCCGCGAUUGUUGGACGCGGAGGAUGUUGACACUGCUCGGCCUGAUGAAAAAUCCAUCAUCACGUACGUUGCUUCUUACUAUCACACCUUUGCCAGGAUGAAAAAUGAGAUCAAGAGCGGCAAAAGAAUCGCGAAUAUUGUGGGACAAAUGAUGGACGCUGACAAGAUGAAGAUUCACUAUGAAAAGCUUACAACAGACUUGUUGGAAUGGAUCAAGAUGAAGAUAGAAGUAUUAGAAAACAGAAACUUCCCCAAUUCCUUAGAAGGCAUUCAGAAAGAAUUGUUAGCUUUCAAGCAAUACAGAACAGUAGAGAAACCACCAAAGUACAAGGAACGAUCUGAAAUAGAAGUUUUGUAUUUUCACAUUAAUACCCAAUUGAAAUCCUUGAACCAGCCUGCUUUUACGCCUCAAGAAGGUCAAUUAAUACAUGAUAUUGAAAGAAAUUGGGUGGAGCUAGAACGAGCUGAGCAUCGCCGAGAAGUCGCCCUCAGGACUGAACUCCUUAGACAAGAAAGACUAGAACAAUUAAAUUACAAAUUUGAAAGGAAAAGCGUUCUAAGGGAAGGUUACUUGAAAGAAAUGAUUCAAGUUUUGACCGACCCACGAUAUGGUAGCAAUUUGGCCCAAGUAGACGCCACAGUGAAGAAACACGAAGCUAUUAGUGCAGAUAUUUUAGCUCGCGAAGAACGCUUUCACGAUUUGACUAAUAUGUCAGAGGAACUAGUGAGAGAAAAUUACCAUGGGUUAGAAAGAGUGCAAGUCAGGGAACAGGAAGUUCUCCAGAGAUGGAAGGAGCUUCUAGCACUCCUAGAUCAUCACAAAUCUAAUCUAGUUGCCCUGAGUUCUCUCAUGAGUCUCAUGCGAGAGAUUGAUACAACUUUGGCCUCCAUACAAGAGCUGCAAUUGAACUUCCAAAGUACAGAUGUUGGUCCACAUCUUUUAGGAGUCGAAAAUUUAUUACAGAAGCAUAGUUUGCAAGAGUUGCAAGUAACUGCUCUUGGAGAAACUCAGAGAAGACUUGGUAGGCAAGCAGCUCAGCAUUUGGCACAACCUCAGAGCAAGGAGGUGCCUUUGUUACAACAAAAGUUAGAGAUGUUGAACCGAGCUUAUGAUGAUCUAGUAGAAUACAGUAAGGAACGCAAGGCUCGUUUGGAAGACGCCAGGAAUUUCUUCCACUUCCUCCAAGAUCAUGAGGAUGAGGAAUCCUGGUUGAUUGAAAAGCAACGCAUUUGCAAAGCUGGAAUAUCAGCCAAGGAUUUGCGUGCUGUAAUUUCAUUGCAACAGAAGCAUAAAGCCCUUCAGGAUGAAAUGAAAGUACGAAGACCUAAGUCUGAACAAUUAUGUGAUGCUGGACGGAAACUGAUAGUUGACAGUCAUCCUUCAGCUUUGGAAAUUCAAAAUCGCAUUGAUUCGUUGCAAGAGCAUUGGAAGGUCUUAGAAGAGUUAGCUGCCCUGAGGAAGAAACAGUUAGAUGAUGCAGCGGAAGCUUUUCAAUUUUACGCGGAUGCAAAUGAGGCGGAUUCCUGGAUGAAUGAGAAGAUGGCCCUUGUGGCCUCUGAAGAUUAUGGCGUUGACGAACCUAGCGCUCAAGCGCUUCUACAAAGACACAAGGAUUUGGAAGGAGAACUGAAUGCAUACAAAGGUGAUGUACAAUCACUAAAUAUGCAGGCUGAAAAGCUUGUCAAGUCUGGAAUUUCUACUCUUGAAUUAUCCGCUGACCCAGAACCCGUUGCAGAACUGGAACAAGAAGAAUGGAGUAAAGAAAUUAGACUAGUUCCUCAAGAUGAAUGGGUGGACGAAGUUGUAGAAAGACUAGAACCUAGAACGGUUUUUGAAGAUAGAUUGGUACCCCAAGUAAAGAGUUUGUAUCCAUUCAGUGGCCAAGGAAUGCAAAUGAUAAAGGGUGAAGUAAUGUUUUUAUUAAAUAAAACAAAUCCUGACUGGUGGAGCGUACGAAAAGCAGAUGGCACCGAUGGAUUCGUACCAGCGAAUUAUGUACGUGAACUGGAACCUAAAGUGAUACAAGUUCAGGUUAGAAGACCAGAGAAGGUCAGAGUUACACAGAGAGUGAAGAAAACGAAAAUGGUUAAGCAGUUAGUUCCAGUCAGAAGAGUGAAGUCUAUAAAGUCAACGGUGAAACCAAUUAAAAGGAAGACUGCAUCUGAUGGAGAUAGUGUGGAGAAACGACUGAAGAAGAUCAAUGAUACCUAUAGCGAACUUCAAGAAUUGGCAUUGAAACGACAUGCUUUGUUAGAGGAUGCUAUAAGACUUUAUGGUUUUUAUCGCGAAUGUGAUGACUUUGAGAAGUGGAUCAAGGAUAAAGAAAAGAUGUUGAGAGCUGAUGACACACGAGAUAAUGUUGAAACUGCUAGAAGAAAGUACGAAAAGUUCCUAACAGAUCUUUCAGCAUCAGGCAAACGAGUAGAAGCUAUAGAUGCUGCAGUCGAUGAGUUCGUUAGACAAGGACAUAGUCAGUUGGAUAAAGUCAAGGCUAGGCAGAGGCAUAUCCAUCAACUUUGGGAUCAUUUGAACAGGUUAAAGGCACAGAAAGAAAAGAGUCUAGAAGGAGCUUCCAGUGUGGAAUUAUUUAAUAGAACUUGUGACGAAGCUCAUGAUUGGAUGUUAGAAAAAAUUACUCAAUUGGACACUGCAGAACUUGGACCAGACCUGAAGACAGUCCAGGCUCUACAAAGAAGACAUCAACACUUGGAAAGGGAGUUGGCACCAGUCGAAGAAAAAGUACGAAAAGUGAACUUAUUAGCAAAUAGCGUGAAGAGCUCCUAUCCACACGAAUUGAACAAUGUGAAUGCCAGACAAAAUGAAAUCAAAGAACUCUGGAAUCAAGUUCAAACAAAGGCUAAGGAACGCAGAUCCAGAUUGGAAGAUGCAGUAGGUCAACAGAUUUUCAUGAACAGCUCAAAGAAUUUAAUUAAUUGGGCUGCCGAUAUGCAAGAGACAAUGAAGGUUGAAGAACCUGUUAGGGAUGUUGCUACAGCUGAACAACUUAGGAAACAUCACAUGGAACUUGGAGAGGACAUACGAACCCGAGAAGACGAAUUUCGGGAGGUUGAAGAACUUGGAAACCAAUUACUACAUCGUAAUCCAGCCCUGUUGGAUGUCAGUGAACGUUUAGAUAAAUUGCAUGGCUUAUAUCAGGCUGUAACAUCAGAUUGGAUAGUAAAAGAAGCCUGGCUGCAGCAGUGCUUAGAGCUACAGCAGUUUAAUCGCGAAGCUGAUCAGAUCGAAGCUACUACUAGUUCUCAUGAAGCGUUCUUAGAAUUUACUGACUUAGGGGAAUCCCUCGAUGACGUUGAAGCCUUAUUGAAGCAGCAUGAAAAGUUUGAAAACACUCUCCACGCUCAGGAUGAUAGAUUAAAAGCGUUUAGUGAUACUGCAGACAAAUUGAUCGCUCAAAAUCAUUAUGAAAAAGACUAUAUUAAUGACAGAAGAAAUCAAGUCUUAGCUCGAAGAAAUCAAGUCAAGGACGCUGCUCAGCGUCGUCAUGCAGCCUUAAAGGCCUCAGAGCACUAUCAACAAUUUUCUGCAGAAGUAGAUGACCUACGAGACUGGUUGGGUGAUAAAAUGAAGACAGCAUCUGAUGAAAGUUAUAGAGAUUUAAAUAAUCUUGAACGAAAGCUUCAAAAGCACGAAGCGUUUGAAAGAGAAUUAAGAGCUAAUGAGGGACAAUUAAGAGCGGUGAACAAAGCUGGGAAAGCUUUGAUAUCUGAAGAGAACUAUAGAUCAGAUGAUGUAGGAAAAACACUAAAAGAAUUAAAUGAUCAAUGGGAACAAUUGGUGGCCUUAUCUUUGGAAAAAGGUCGCAGGUUGAGGCAAGCUGCUUCUCAACAUGGUUACAAUAGAACGAUGGAAGAUGCCAGGUUGAAACUGGAAGAAAUAGAGAAUUCUUUGCAAAGUAAACAAGUGGGAAUGGAUCUUAGGAGCUGUAAGGAGCUGUUGAAGAAACAGCAAACACUUGAGAGCGAUAUGUGCCAAUGGGAACAGAAAGUGGAUGACCUAGUUGCCAUGGGCGAAGAGAUGGCUCAUGAAGGUCACUUUGAUGCUGCGAAUAUAUUGAAAACCAGUCAGGCCACGCAAAAAAAGUUUCAUAGCUUGAAAGUACCAGCCAAGAGAAGACGAGACGCGUUAGAAGAAAGCUUACGAUUCCACAAGUUUGGCUUUGAACUGGAUGCUGAAUUACAAUGGAUAAAAGAUCAUCUUCCUCAGGCAUCCUCGACGACACUGGGACAAAAUCUGCAUCAAGCUCAGACAUUGCAUAAGAAACACAAGAAACUAGAAGCAGAAAUUGCUGGCCAUCAACCAAUGAUAGACAAAACUGCCGCUUCUGGACAGGCUUUGAUCGAUCAGGCACAUCCAGAAAAAAAGAAGAUACGAGAAUUAUGCGAUGUGCUUGAUGAGGCAUGGAAAGACCUGCAAGAGAAGGCCGGAGAACGAAGCAAAGCUCUAGAUUUAUCUUUAAAAGCACAGGAAUUCUUCUUCGAAGCAGGGGAAGUUGAAAGUUGGUUGAAUGAAAAGAACGAUGUUCUCAGUUCAACUGAUUAUGGCAGAGAUCGUGAUGCCGCUACAAAAUUAUUAACAAAACACAAGGCGGUUGAGCUAGAAUUAGACACUUACAAUGGCAUUGUAACAGAGAUGGGACACACUGCAACUACUAUGAUCAAUGCGAAACAUCCUGACAGCAAAGCAAUAGCAAAUAAACAACAAGCAAUCGCACAACAAAUGCGAGCAUUACAGAGAUUGGCUACAGUAAGACAACAACGCUUGAUGGAGAGCAUGUAUCGACAUGAAUAUUUCCUAGAAAGCAGAGAAUUAGAACAGUGGAUCAAGGAACAGGAACAGGCAGCAGCUUCUGAAGACUAUGGUCAAGACUAUGAACAUUUACUAAUACUGCAAGCCAAAUUCAACGAUUUUAAACACAGGAUAGAGGCUGGUUCUGAAAGAUUUAACCAAUGUGAAGAAUUAGCUAGAAAGUUAAUCGCUAAUGAGAGUCCUUAUAUUCAAGAUAUCGAGAAACGACAAGAACAAUUAGGACAAGACGAUGAUGACCCUGUAACGCAAGUGCAGAGACAGCAUGCUCUUAUGAUGGAAUCUUGGCAACAUCUUCUUGGUCUCAUUCGAAACCGUGAACAGAGGUUACAAGCAGCCGGAGAAAUUCACAGAUUCCAUCGGGAUGUAGCCGAAGCAUUAUCUCGUAUACAGGAGAAAGAAGCAGCUUUACCAGAAGACCUAGGACGCGAUUUAAAUUCUGUGCUUGCGUUAAUUAGACGCCAUGAAGGUUUCGAAAACGAUCUAGUCGCCUUGGAAGCACAACUCCAAGUUCUGGUUGAAGAUGCAUCCAGAUUGCAAGCACAUUAUCCAGGAAAUAAUGCAGUGCAUAUUGAUCAACAGCAACAGAUUGUUCUUGCUCAGUGGGAAGAGUUGAAAGAUAGAUCUGCUCACAGAAGAGAUCAGUUGCAAGCAAGUUGUGACCUGCAACGAUUUUUGACUCAAGUUAGAGAUUUGAUGAACUGGGCAGCUGGACUUCGUGCUGCAAUGUCAACUGAAGACAAAGUUAGGGAUGCGGCGAGUGCACAGAUCUUAAAGGCAGAACAUGAAGCUCUGAAAGGAGAAAUCGAAGCAAGAGAAGAUAGCUUUAGCUCAGUUCUUGAUUUGGGUGAGGCUAUGGUUCAAACUGGUCAUUAUGCUGCCUUAGAGGUUGAGGAAAAAUGCAAUCAGUUGUUAGAUGAGAGGCAAAAGUUACAUACUGCCUGGCAACAGAAAAAGGUACAUUUGGAUCAAUUGAUAGACUUACAUUUCUUCUUACGAGACGCGAAACAAUUAGACAACUUGUCAACUACCCAAGAAGCUGCAUUAAGUGGUGAUAAUUUUGGUGAUUCCGUUGAAGAAGUAGAUGCUCAAGUAAAGAAACACAACGAAUUUGAAAAGCUAUUAGUUACACAAGAAGAAAAACUAACUGCUCUGCAAGAGCACGGAGACAAACUUCUAGCUCAGAAUCACUUUGACUCGCCUACAAUUGCCAGACGAUUAAGUGAAGUUGUACAGAGACGUGCAAAAAUUCGAAAUCUUUGUGAGACGCGACGGAGGAAGUUAGAAGCUGGUUUGUUACACGCUCAGUUUGUUAGAGACGUUGCAGAAGCUGAAUCCUGGAUCGGCGAAAAGCAGAAGAAACUGGAAGCCGAGGCAUCGAAAGGCGAAGUGUCUAGUUUGGAGGACAAAAUCAAGAAAUUAAAGAAACACCAAGCGUUCCAAGCUGAAUUGGCGGCGAAUCAGAGCAGAAUCGAAGAGAUCAAGGCUAAAGGAGAGAGACUGCUUCAACAGAAGCAUCCAGCAAGUGCUGAAAUUCGACAACAACUGGAACAUCUUAAUGCUUCUUGGAGAAAACUGCUAAUCGAGUCUGGAAACCGUGGUAGAGGUUUGGAAGAAGCUCAGGAUAUUCUGGAAUUCAACAACCAAGUGGAAAAAAUUGAGGCUUGGAUAAGAGACAAAGAGAUGAUGGUCCAGGCUGGAGACACCGGAAAGGAUUACGAACAUUGUUUAAGUCUGCAGAGGAAACUUGAUGAUGUAGACAGUGACAUGAGAGUAGACGACUCUAGGAUAAAAGCUAUCAAUGCUCUGGCUGAUAAGUUGAUCAAACAGGGCAGGGACAAUGAAUCGAAAGCUAUUCAACAACGUCGUGACAACUUCAACAACAAAUGGAAAGGCUUGCAAGGAGCACUGAGUGAUUACAGGGAAAUGCUAGCUGGAGCUUUGGAGAUUCAUUUGUUUAACAGAGACAUAGAUGAUACUAGUCAAAGAGUCAUUGAAAAAGCAGUCGCCAUGAACACCACUGAUGUCGGUAAGGAUCUACCUGCUGUUGAACAACUGCAGAGAAAACAAGAAGCAAUGGAGCGAGAUAUGACUGCCAUAGAAGGAAAAUUGAAAGAACACAAAGCAGAGGCCAGAGAUCUGUCAUUAAAGUAUUCAGACAAGGCUUCACAGAUAAUGGGAAUACUAUUAGAAUUACAGUCCAAUUGGGACGAUUUGCAACGAUUUACUCAACAUCGUCGUGAAGCCUUAAAUCAAGCUUAUACUUUGCACAAAUUCCAGGCCGAUUUACUCGAGUUAGAACUUUGGGUAGCUGAUACAAUUAAACGUAUGGAUGAGUCUGAGCCACCAACAACAAUAUCUGAAGCUGAAGCUUUAUUAGAACUUCAUCAAGAGAGGAAAGCAGAGAUUGAUGGCAGACAAGAUACGUUUAAAGCUUUGAAAGAACAUGGACAGAAGCUUCUAGCUAUUAACGAAGAUAUCAAAGAUAACUUGGAACAUUUGGAAGAGCUCCGACAAGGGUUGGCCAAUGCAUGGGAAACUAGGAGGCAAAAAUUAACACAGGCACAUCAAUUGCAAUUGUUCAAAGAACAGGCUGAUCAAGCAGACAGUUGGCUAGCGACGAAAGAAGCGUUCCUGAACAAUGAUGAUCUUGGUGAAUCUUUAUCUGGUGUAGAAACAUUGUUACGUAAACACGAGGAGUUCGAGAAAAUGCUUGUCUCUCAAUUGGGUCGUAUUGACGAAUUGGAGAAAUUUGCGAAUGAGAUUUUGUCCAAGGAACAUGCUGAUGCUAACGUUAUUAAGCAUCGAUUAGCAUCUGUCUGUGCUAGAAGAGAUAAAUUGCAAAAUAGUGCAAGGGCAAGAAGGAAGAAAUUAUUGGAGAGCCAUCACUUGCAUCAGUUCCUUAGAAAUAUAUAUGAAGUUGAGGGUUGGCUUCAUCAGAAACAACAGGUGGCUAGUGAUGAAAACUACAGAGACUCAUCCAAUUUGCAAAGCAAGAUACAGAAGCAUGCUGCUUUUGAAAGCGAACUCAUGGCAAAUAAAGGAAGAGUAGCUGCAGUAGUCAAUGAAGGUGAAUCACUAAUUGAGGAGAAGCAUUAUGCAUCAAAGAGCAUUCAAGAACGUCUAGACGAGUUAGAAGCAGAAUGGCGUUUACUCCAAGAAACCAGUGAACUAAAGAAGAACAGAUUAAACGAUGCUUACCAAGCUUUGCUCUUCAGGCGAAGUUUGGACGAAUUUGAGGCAUGGAUGGAUGAAGUGGAAACUCAAUUGCAGUCAGAGGACCAUGGGAAAGACUUAUCCAGUGUAGCUAACUUAUUAAAGAGACAUACGAAUUUGGAAAAUGAUGUUCUGGGUCACAACGAAGCUUGUGAAUCAAUUAAAGAGACAGCAACGAGUUUUCAGAAGUCAAAUCAUUUCAUGUGUGACGAGAUACAAGAAAGGGCGAUGGCUAUAAUAAAUAGAUACCAUAGUUUGCAAGAACCAAUACAGAUAAGAAGGGACAAUUUAGAAGAUGCUAAAUUACUGCAUCAAUUUACGAGGGAUGUUGAAGAUGAGAUGCAUUGGUUGUCUGAAAAAGAACCUCUGGCUGCUAGCAGUGAUCUAGGAAGUUCUCUAACUACCGUGCAGCGGUUACAGAAGAAACAUCAUGCUCUAGAGGCGGAAUUAAUUUCCAGAGAACCUGUAGUUGCAUCUUUGGUAAGCAGAGCUACGAUUAUGGUGAGAAGUGGUCAUUUUGCUUCAGAAAAGAUUGAAAAAUUGUCACAAGAAUUGCAAGAUAAAUUAUCGCAUCUCAAAGAUUUAGCUAGCGUUAGAAAACUGCGUCUGCUUGAUGCUGUUGAGUCACAGAUGUUCUAUGCUGAAGCAGCAGAAGCAGAGCAAUGGAUAAAAGAGAAACAUCCACAACUAACUGCCACAGACUAUGGAAAAGACGAAGAUUCUGUUCAGUCUCUGUUGAAGAAACUGGAAGAGAUAGAACGAGACUUAAUUGGCUUUGAAAACACUAUUGGGAACUUAAAGAAACUUUCACACGGUUUGAUAGAUAGACAUCAUUUUGAUAGCAAGAACAUUACACAAAAACAAUCAGAGAUCGAACAGAAGUUCAAAGAAUUGCAGAAAUUGAAAGAGUAUCGAUCUCAGAGAUUGCGUGAGAGCGAGAAGUUCUUUAAGUUCAUCAGACAAGCAGAUGAAGUAAUUGAAUGGAUUGGAGAUCAGACAACUGUUGCAGCCUCAGAAGAUUACGGUUGUGACGUAGAACACGUUGAGCUUCUCAUUCAGAUAUUUGACAACUUUUUAGCCGGUUUAACAACGAGCGAAAGUCGAGUAUCAGCAGUACUGGAUGAAGGACAAAAAUUAAUAGAGGAAAAUAAUCCAGAGAAAGCUAAAAUAUUGGCAAAAAUCGAUGAGACCAAACAACAAUGGGAAGAUCUGAAGGAAUUAGCGCAUGCACGACAAGAUGCACUAGCUGGAGCAAAACAGGUGCACAUGUUCGACAGAACUGCGGAUGAAACUAUUUCGUGGAUUCAAGAAAAAGAAACUACUCUCAGUUCCGAUGGUUAUGGUCAUGAUCUAGAAACGAUUCAAGCUUUGGUAAGGAAACAUCAAGGAUUCGAAACGGAUUUGGGUGCUGUUAAAGAACAGGUUGAACUGCUAAUGGAUGAGGCUUCGAGAUUAAUUGAAUUAUUCCCAGAUGCUCGUUCGCAUAUAGAAGUGAAGCACCAGGAAGCUGAAGCAACCUGGAAUGAAUUACUAGAGAAAGCAGCUCAAAGGAGGAGCAAGUUAGCCCAAGCGGAACAACUGCAGACAUACUUGGGUGAAUACAGAGACCUGAUAUCAUGGAUAAAUGAGAUGGUAGCCAAAGUAACCGCCCCUGAAUUGGCUCGUGACGUGCCAGGUGCAGAAGCAUUGAUAUUGAGGCACAACGAGUACAAAGCAGAAAUUGAAACACGCAAUGAAGCCUUUGAAAAAUUUUACAAAACGGGUCAGGAAUUGAUAGAAGAAGGUCAUUUCUUGGCAAAGGAAAUAGAAGAUAAGAUAUCUGUCCUACAACACAGACAACAGCUCUUGAAAGACACUUGGGAGCAAAGAAGACACAUCUAUGAACAGAAUCUGGAUACCCAGUUGUUCAAACGAGAAGCAGAGACACUGGAGAACUGGAUAGUGAGUAGGGAGCCAAUGUUGAAUGAUGGGAAACUGGGAGAAAGUAUUUCACAGGUGGAGGAAUUCAUAAGAAAGCAUGAAGACUUUGAGAAGACUAUCGAAGCUCAAGAAGAGAGGUUUAAUGCACUUAGACGCAUAACUAUGUUGGAAAAGGCGUUCCAGAAGCAACAAGAGGCAGAGAUGGCAGCCAGACAGGCAGAGAAAGAAAGAAUAGAGCGUGCUCGUUUAGAAGAACGAAAACGGAAGGAGGUACAAAGAAUAACGGAAGAAAGGAAACGCGAGGAAGAACGAAGAAGACUACUAGAUAGUCCACACCGUACUGUGCACGAUGAAAUCAAUGGAACGUCCGAUGAACACGAGUCUAUUAACAAAUUAUCACCAUUAAAAACUUCUACUGCAGCUGAAGGCCUGGACUCAACGCCUCAAAAAUCACAUGGACUAUCACAUGUAUUUGGUGAAAAAUUGAGAAGAACGACUCCUGACAUUAAAAGAGCAGAAAGCAUGAAGGUAGAUACAAAGAAACCGAAGAGAACGCCCAGUUUCACGACCAGAAGGAGGACUCAGAGCUUCAGAAAACUUCAAAGGAUGGAGAAUAUGGACGCUCUUCCACCAGUAGAGAUCCAAGGUUUGUUAGAGAGGAAACAUGAGCUUCAAAGUGCUGGCAAGAAGGCAGCAGUGCGUUCCUGGAAACAAUACUAUACUGUAUUAUGUGGACAACUUCUGUGUUUCUUCAAAGAUAUGGAAGAUUUCUCACUGAGCAAGGCAGCCACUGCUCCUAUCACCAUCUUCAAUGCCAUAUGUGAGAAAGCAGAUGACUAUACCAAGAAGAAAAACGUGUUCAGGUUGAAAUGUACAGAUGGAUCAGAAUUUUUGUUCUUGGCACCAAGUCAACAAGAAAUGGAAGACUGGGUGAACAAGAUAUCAUUCCACGCCAAGUUACCUCCCAGUAUGCAAUUGUUAAGUUACGACGAAUCGCAAAAGGAAAGUUUAGAGAGGUUGCAGAAUGUGUCUAUAGAACAUACUGAUGAUAAUGUUUCAACUAGUAGCAGUCACGCUUCGACUCCUGAACUGGAACGAAAGAAUUCUGUAAUUAGACGCGAUGUACCGAAUCAACACUCUGCAAGCAACGUGCAGAUUGAAUUCCUCCAGAUGCAUAGGCAAAAUCAACAGAAACGUGAAUCACAGAGUAGUGCUGAGUUCAUAGCUUCGCAAAGAAACGAAUCACCUCAGACCCAAACACAGUUCUUGCAAAUGCACAGACAGUUACAAUUGCUUGCACAGCAGCAACAAAUGAUACAACAAGAGCAACUAGCAAGUCAGAGGGACCAGUAUCAAUCAAAUUCUGGAGAUAAACCACCUAUUCCACCAAGAGGAGCACCACCUCCUAUUCCAAUGCGAUCACCUAGUUCAGAAGCUAUUCCUCAAUACAGACGCGAUGACAUAGAACAAGGAAGAUCCAGUUUUUAUCAACAACGUAGCGCAACCUUGAAUCAUAACGGUUCCAGUCAGUAUUCAUCGACUGCAACCUGGCAUAGACAAAGUAGUGCAGAUCUUAAUACUUCACAAGAAUUAGCACCUCCCUUGCCAUCAAGUGCCCCUCCACCAACCAGAAUAGCUCAGUGGAGUGUUCCUCAUGAUCCUGCUUAUGGAAAUGUCUCUUAUGGAAUCACAAGAUCCAGAGAGGGUGUGCAACAGAAUAACUCAACCUUCACAGGUAGACCAGUUUCUCUACCGCCAUCAUAUGUGCCUCCUCCAGCAGUUCCACAAAAUUCUCAACCCCUCACGAACGUGGAAAGUAGAAGAACUAGCGAAAGUGGAUCAGAAAGUGAACAUAGCGUGGGAAAUAAUCGCAAGGACCGCGAUUACAAACGAAGCUCUGUUCUAAGUAAUCUAUUUGGCAGACGCAAGAAACCUCAAUCGUAAUCCUAUUGAUGACAAUAUUUACGCAUACAGAACAUGUCUGUAACGAGCGUAUAAGUUUUUAUGGAACAAAACCGAGAUUAAGCUCCUUCGAGUCAGAAAAGACACGUGUACGUGCUAUUUUUGUAGCAUGAUACAUGAGAGGAUUCCUGUAAAUUAUAUAUAUUUUUGUGUACUAUACAAAUUAAACUUUAUCGUUCACGUUAUAAUACAUUGAGUUGAUCAUGUAUAAAAAGAAAGCUAUAUAGAAACCAUAACACGAAUGAAGAGAAUAUUUGACUCUAAUAGUAUAUGAAGUUACAAUUUGACCUAAUUUUGAGAACAAUAUAUCUGAAUGAAUCCCUGAUAUUAAAGAAGUAUACAUUACAACGAUAACUUCUAAGAAGUUCUGUGGCAUGUUCAACUCAAAUGUUAAAGUCAAUAUAGAAUGUAUGAAAUAUACAUAUAUAGAGAACUUGCAUUUUUCUAUUAUUUUUCUUUUUUACUUGCGUUGAAAUGUGCAAAUAUGUCUGAUAUGUCAGGGAUUAAAAAAAAUAUUAAAAAGAGAAGGAAAAGCGACUGUUGGACAAAUAAUUUUUAAAGUAUCAUUGUUAUACAAAGAUCCUCCAUUUUUGAAAAAUCUACUAUGCACCAUAUGGAUUUUAUGGAAAUUUAUUAGAGUUAUUACGAUCGUUCAAUUGUUUCGUUGAUUUCUUUAGAUGCACCGUAAAGCUACAAAGAAAAGAAAUAUGUUAGAAUUACACCUUACACGCAAUGAAUGUUACUGAAUUUAUUUAAAGUGUACCUGACUUUAAGAGGAAAGUUGAAGUGUAUGGAAGAGGAAUAUGCAUUUGCGCGAAUAAUGUAAGGUUUAAGUUUUAUAGAUGUCAGUAAUAUAUGUAUUGCAAAUACUUAUAUAUUUGGAAACGCCUGUUCGGGACCAAUGAAUUUAUAAUGUAAUUAAAAUACCAGAGAUAUGUAUACAUAUCAUAUUUUUUUUAGAAAAACGGAAAAAUUAUACGUUCUCGAAGAUUACCGAUUAUAAAUAUCUUUUCUUUUUUAUGAUGAAAUAUUACAAUGUGUAAAAUGUAUUUAAUGCUACAUAAAGAUUGAUUAUAUAUUAUGUAGGUUCGUCAAUGCUAUUUCAUAGUUAUGUAGGACAUCUUAUUUUGCACCAAGAUGUCAAUGAUCGAAAGUUUAAACAUAUUAAAUAAAUAAAGGAGAAAUUUAAAUUAA